AUGAUUGAAUCAACUGCUGCUUAUCGUGUAGGAAAAAAAUGUCGUGGUUGGCAAAAUGGCGAUGCUGAAGAAUACGCAAUAAAAAGAUUACAGGGAAAACCUAAUGAAACUAUAGAGUUUGUUUCUUUUAACCAAGAACGUCCGAAUUUAAUUCGUAAAGAAAGAG